ACGCGCGCACGCCCAGGGGCGCGCAGGAUUUCCUGCCCGCCCCUAAUGAAGCGCGCCAGCGCUGUCGCUGAGGGUUGCACAACCAAUAAUCGCCCCGCGGCGGGCAGCCCGCGUGUCUGGCGCAGCGCGUGCGCUGCGAGCAUGGGUCGGCGCUCUGCCGUCCGGGGCCGACCGUUUAAUUGGAAACUGGCGCCAGUUGAGGAUGUUUACAAGCGGCUCCCUCGCAGCAAUAGCAGCUGGUCUCGUGCCCACUGACGGCGACCGUGAUGACGACGACGACGCGGGGCACCACCUGACGCUGUCGCAGCGUCCCAGGUAUACCGUUGGGCCGCGGCAGAGAAGGCGCGCGCAUCACGUGGCAAGCCCCGCGCGCUGCCGGACGCACGCCGUCCUGCGCAAGCGCGCAGCGGCGCGCCGAGUUGCGCUUGGAAACGUGCGAUCGUGUGUGUGCUCUCUCUCCUGCGAAAUUCUCUCAAGCUUUUCAGGAAAUCCUAUGGGUACAUACAAGGGUGCAGUGCUGCCGCUUUUGCUGAAGCCAUGUGCAGAGUCUCUUGUCUUCGAGGAAUUUCCUGCUCUGCACAGCUUGACUUUCAGGGGUUCCUUUUCGCGGACUAGGUGGCUCUACAGGAACGCCACGCUCACCGGUGUAUACGAGAAACAGUUCACGCGAAGGCACGUGCGUUGCGUGUACGAGUUUGCAACAGAAGAUGGCGAGCUUCCGUAAGCACUCCGAAGAUUUCAACGUGCAGCGCGAAAGCGCUCGGGCAUUUCAUAUCUAAAGUCCGGACGGAUCCCCGUCUGGUUGAUCCAGUCUCGAGCGACCGUGCGUGCUCCGCCUCUGACACGAUCACGCUGGCACUUCGAACGCAACAGGAGGUGAUUCGCUGUGCCUCAUAGAGUUGAGAAGAAAUAAAGAUGAAUGCUCGAAAUAAAA